AUGUCUUGGAGAAAAGUCUCGUUCAGAACAAAGAAUGGUUUAGAGUGUGUUGACAAACAAUCGGCAAUAGUAUCGUUUGGACCCUCGGCAUGUUGUGUACAAAAUGACGCCUGUGAGGGGCGAUACUCGGAGCCGCGGGAAACAGCAACAAUAUCGGACCAUGUCGAAAUAUCUUCGACAAACGAAACAAUGUCGCAAGUUGCCAAAUAUCCGGAUAUGGAAUUUGUAAACGAUUCCAGUGACAGCGCUACAACAAUAGAACCGCAACUAAACAUAGUGCUUGACCCUGCGCACGCGCAGACGGAAGAUACAGAGUGA